AAAACAUAUCUGCACCUGGUUUCAUCAUCCAUACGCAACUGUGCAUCAUUCCUGCCGACACAAUCGUUUUGUGCAUCAUUUCUUUUAUCUUUAACUCUUAAGCCCCAUAUUUUUCCUAUUACACAAAACUAAUUAAUGUCAAUCAUCAUAAAGUCACAACACCUCAAAAUACCCUUUCGAGACAUUGAAAUAGCCACCAGAAACUUCACAACCAUUAUCGGAAGCGGUGGAUAUGGCGACGUCUAUAAAGGAGAACUGUUACUUAGCGGUAAACUAACCCCGGUUGCUGUAAAGAGACUAAAAAAGAUUGCUCAUUCUGGUCAAGGUCUUAAAGAGUUCUUAACAGAGAUUCAAUUGCUAUCCCGCUAUAAACAUCCAAACCUAGUCUCCCUUCUUGGUUAUUGCGAAGAAGGCAAUGAAAAGAUCCUUAUUUACGAGUAUGCAGUGUAUGGAAGCCUCGACAGAUACCUAAGUAUGGCAAAUCCCAUCUUUCCACUACCAUGGAAGCAACGGAUCAAGAUAUGCAUCGAUGCAGCCCGUGGUUUGGAUUAUCUUCAUAACCAUGUUGCAGAAAAUCAUAGAGUUAUCCAUAGGGAUAUUAAGAGUGGAAAUAUUCUGUUAGAUCACAACUUCAAAGCCAUGAUUUCUGAUCUUGGACUUUCAAAGAUUGGUCGUGCAAAUGAAAAUGAGAGUUAUCUCAUUACUAAUGGUAGUGGUACUUAUGGUUAUUGUGAUCCGGUAUAUAUCGAUACAGGGAUCCUCACAAAAGAGUCGGAUAUUUAUUCAUUUGGUGUUGUAUUGUUUGAAGUUUUAUGCGGGAGACCUGGCUUCAUUAACGUAAGUGAUGAACGGAGGUUUCUAGCUCCAUUAGCCCAAAGCUACUGUGAAAAAGGAAAUUUAAAUGAUAUUAUUGAUCAUGGUUUGAAGAAUCAAAUAGACUCGAAUAGCUUGAAUAGGUUUGCGGGGAUUGCUUAUCUAUGCUUGCAAAAUGAUCGAAAUCAACGACCCUCAAUGGGUUUGGUCAUAAAAAAACUUGAAAAAGCUUUGGAAUUGCAAGAACUUGCGGAAUCUUCUGAACACGCAGAAUCGUCGAAACCUCAGGUUAUGGAAAAAAUUAAUCCAAAUAAGAAUGAUAUCAUUUUCCAUUGCGAUGAGAAGCAAGAUGAAGCUUCUGGUGUUCCACUAAUAGUGGCCUCAGCUAAAAGCAGCACCAUUAACGUUUGUGGAAUGGGUGUGCAGGAUGAAACAAGUAGUGAAUGUGAUGUUUACAAAGAAGAAAAGAUCAGAAACCCUAGUGGUACAGGGGGAAGGGGUUGCCUCUUUCCUUUUCUUACUCGGAUUCGUUUUGGAGAUUUUGAUUUUCGUUUCAGUUUUUAAUGUUGGUGGUGGUAGGAGAUUAUGGCCAACGAUAUGUUGGAGUUGGGCGAAUGUGCAAAAUUUAAGCUAUGGCUAGAUGGGUCUUUGGACCAACCAAAUUUUUAAUUUUUUUAGAAUUCUUGUACAAAAAAAAAAGUUAGUCACUACCUUGAACAAAAUUAGGACAUAUCUUGUAGUAUUGUAGAAAAUGAAAUAUAUAUAUACCAAAUAUUUUAAGGUCCAAAUUUUGUGUAUUAAAAAAUAACUCAAAUAUAAAAGAAAAACCCAAUCCAAGUCAUGUAAAAUAAAAUCGAUCCAUCAUGGCCUUGUCUUCCCUUUCAUUUCAUUGUGUCUCUAUAGAUUGUAUAUUUAAG